UUCAUGAACUAUCGGAUCUUAAAAAGGGAAGACCCCCCGGCACAUCGAAUUCUGACGAGGGGCUGAAGAGAUCGAUCUUGGUACACCGAUAAGCUUGCAGGACAGCACCAAGAAUCCCACCAUUCGCAUGCGUGACAGCGGCAAAGCAGCAGGUAAACUUUUGUGAUGGAUUCGAGAGAGCAGGACGACGAUGCGCGACAAGUGCGCCGAAAGCCGGUUCCCUCGUACGUUCCGCCGCUUGGGUACGACGAGGCCCUACUGCUCUCAUCCGCCCAUACCCACGUCUACGACUGGGAUCACGAGCCCGAAGCCACGGCACGCCCUUUCGACGAACCGCGAAGUACAGAGAUUGGGAGAGACUUGCCCUCAAAGUCGACCUUUGCGAGCGGUGAGACGGAAUACGAGCUGGUGAGGACACCGAGUGCCGAGAAGACGGGGAACAACACACGACGGCCCUCGCGACGGAGAUGGCAGAUUCUGAAAGGGUGGUGGCCAGAGAUCAUUUGGUGCUUGAUCAGUGUUGUCUGCAUCAUUGUUCUCGUCACGGUGCUGAGGUCGUACGACAACCAGCCACUGCCAAACUGGCCCCUUGGUCUGACGCUCAAUACCGUCGUCGCCUUCAUCUCAACAUUUUGCCGCACAUCCUUCGUUCUCCCGGUUGUCGAAAGUCUAUCACAGUACAAAUGGAACUGGUACAAGUCGCCUAGGCCAUUGGGCGAUUUUGCGGUCUUUGAUGAAGCCAGCCGCGGCCCGUGGGGCAGCUUGAAGCUGCUGCUCAGGACGAAGGGCCGGCUCGUUGGAAUUCUCUCAUCUGUUAUCCUGGUUUCUGGGAUCGCGACCUCAACGUUGACACAAUCCGUUGUCACUUACCCUACUCGUCAAGUUGCUAUUGCUGGGAACGAGACCGCACUCACGCAAAGGAAUAACGAGUAUUUCUGGGCAACUGCCAACGGACCUGCUACAAGAGAUAUCAUGUUCCCGAUCAACCAGAUUAUUCCCCGAAGUCUCUACACCCCACCCACCGAAGUGAUGCCGUAUUAUCAAGCUAGCUGCCGAUCCAACAACUGCACUUGGGAUGACUUCACCUCGCUUGCCGUAUGCGUUGAUAUGAAGAACGUUACAGACCUUCUCACGAGUGAUGGCGACCCCAUCGAAAUGGGCACAAAUUCCACGCUCCCCAACAGCCUGACUUUGCAAAGAACUUAUGGGUACGACAAUCUGAACAUCUCCAGCGGCCCGAGUCUGUCAUUCAAUGGUACCGAUGCAAUGGGAGCCAAGAUCUGGAACUUUUUCGUCAUCUACGGCCCCCGGUUGCGUGCCACGGAAAUCAUGCUGCAUUGGUGUGUGAAUACAUACAGGGUGACGGUCCAGGACAACAUCCCCGUCACGCAAAAGGUCGCUUCCUACACAAAUCCACAGGAAGGAGAAGUGUUUGUAGAAACCUACAACAUGACCCGUAACGCCACAUACUUGACAUCGCCAGAUAACCCGAACAAGAAAUAUGUGGCCGACGGAAUGGGUCCUGGGGCGAUUGCUGAAAUCCUCGACUCGACUCUAUCGGGGACUUACAUCAAUGCCGGCACAUACAGAUUCCAGAACGGAACACAAAUCUAUGGGACAGCUCUAUCGCGGGCCGAAAUUGGUAUCAAUGUUACCACAGAGUCUCAGAAGCUGGAUGAUGCCCUGUUCACGACGCUUCGCAAUCUCACCGAAAACAUUGCUAGCGGUCUCACGAACGCGUCAGUCGAGAAAUUCCGUGUUUGGUUCUCCAGGAAUCCCAACUAACACCAUACAGGCUUCUGAAUGACAACGUUAGCGGAACUGCGUGGCAAGU